CAGCCGUGUCCCUGGGGGCGUUGAGUGGGGACAGCGUGUGCUCCACCAGCCGCAGGCAGCCCUCUUCCUGCCACCAUCCUCAAGCACCCGAGGCGCUCAGGCAGGCUCGAGCCAGCGCCCUUCCAGCCGCCAGCGAUGCCCCUUCCGCAGACGCGCGAUGCGCCGCAGCUGCGGCUGCAGCAGCGCAGCCUGACGGCACGCGUCGCCGAGACGCUGCGCCACUUCGCGCCGCUCGGCUUCAUCUCCUUUGGCGGGCCGGGCGUGCACGUCGUGCUGCUGCGGCGCCGCUUCGUCGAUGAGCUCAAGUGGGUCUCGUCGGCGACGUUCAACGACCUGCUCUCCCUCGGCAAUGCGCUGCCCGGUCCUGGCUCGACCCAGCUGGCGUUCAGCAUUGCCCUCGUGCGCAACGGCACCGUGGCGGGUCUGCUGGCCUUUUGCCUCUGGUCCUUUCCCGCCGCGAUCGGCAUGACUGCGCUCGCGGCCGGCGUGCGCUCGCUGCCCGAGUCGCUGCCGCCCUCUGUGCUCUCGACGCUCUCGGGCGUCAAUGCUGCGGCGGUGGGCAUGAUCGCGCUGGCCGCGUACCAGCUCGCACUCAGCAGCAUCACCGACGGCGCCACACAGCUCGUAUUUCUCGGCACGGCCGCGCUGAGCCUGCUGCACAGCGCCAGCUGGGUGUAUCCCGCCUGCGUGCUCAGCGGCGGCCUCCUCCUGUUGCUGUGGGACUACCGCGGUGCCGUCUUGAGCUCCAGCGCCGCCGAGCAGCAGCCGCUGUUGUCCGCUGCCCACGGCUCGCUCGAAGAGCAGGCCGAGGCGGCCGAGGAAGAGGAGCACCUCAUGACGCUGCCGCCCAAGUGGGGCCUGGCGCUCGUGGCCGUCUUCGUCGCCAGCGUGCUGGCCGUCGCCGUCGUGCGCAGCCGGCCCAUGGGCGUGCUCGCCGAGGUCUUCACGAGCAUGUUCACGGCCGGCACGAUCAUCUUUGGCGGAGGGCCCGUCGUCAUUCCGCUGCUGCGCGGCUACAUGGUCUCCACCUCUCUCGUCUCCUCGCGCGACUUUCUCCUCGGCUUUGCGCUGCUGCAGUCCUUCCCCGGCCCCAACUUUGCCUUUUCCUGCUUUCUCGGCGGGCUCGCCAUCUCGGCGCGCCUCGGCAGCGCCUGCCUGCCGCUCGGCAGUGCGCUGGCGUUCGUCGGCAUCUUCUACCCGGGCAUCCUGCUCAAGCUGGCGCUGCUGCCGGCGUACAAGAGCUGGAAGUCGCUGCGCGCCGUCAAGAGCAUGCUGCGCGGCCUGGCGCCGGCGGCGUCCGGCCUCGUGCUCGCGGCUGUGUGGCAGCUUUUCCAAGUCGGCAACCUGCACGCCUCGCCCGGCGGCCACACCGAGUCCGGCUCGCUGGCCAGCCACCCGUUCUGGCCCAUCGUGGCGGCGUUCGCCUUUGUGCUCGUCAAGGACUGGCGCAUGCCGCCGUGGCUCGUCGUGGCGCUCGGCGCCGCGGCGGGCGCGCUCAAGUGGAAGGUGCAGCAGCUCGCAUGAGAGGUGACGACGCCCGAGGUGCAGAUGCGGCGCGGUGGCGGUGACGCCCCCCAGCUGGAUAGUUGCAAGGAGACGGCAAGGAGACGGGAGAAGCAAUCUAGACGCUCAGUGGCAGCGGAAGAGGAGGCCAGGGGGAGAGGAGGGCGCAUCACGUGCACGGCACGCGAGGAGCGCCGCUUGACAGAUGCAGGCACACGGCCGAAGCGCGCGCGGCGGCGGCAGAACAACACCGCCGCCGCCGCCGCCUCGGGCUCCUUUCAGCGCCCGCUGCACGCACGCCCGCAGCCUGCGCCAUGAGCCUAUCCUGCGUCUGCAGCAGCUGCAGCACCGCCAGCGGCUCCUUCUGCGUCUCUUCUCAGCUCACACAACAGCCGAGCUGAGCUUGCUUUGAUGUUUGUACGGGAGGGGAAGCCACACGGCACAAGGCA